GAUGAUCAGUAUCCUUCUGGGUGCGAUGCUGCUCUGGGGUCAGGGCGGCUUCUCCCGAAGGGUCGUCAGCGGUCAGAAGGUGUGUUUUGCAGACUUCAAACAUCCCUGUUACAAAAUGGCCUAUUUUCAGGACUUGUCAAGUCGAGUGGGAUUUCAGGAGGCACGCCAAGCUUGUGAAAGCGAUGGUGGAGCUCUUCUCAGUCUUGAAAGUGAAACAGAACAGAAGUUAAUAGAAAGCAUGUUACAAAACCUCACUAAGCCAGACACAGGCAUUUCUGAUGGUGACUUCUGGAUUGGACUUUGGAGAAAUGGAGAGGGACAGACAUCAGGUGCUUGUCCAAACCUCUACAAGUGGUCUGAUGGAAGCAGUUCCCAAUAUCGAAACUGGUAUACUGAUGAACCUUCCUGUGGAAGCGAAGCUUGUGUUGUGAUGUAUCAUCAACCAACUGCCAAUCCUGGACUUGGGGGUCCCUACCUUUACCAGUGGAAUGAUGACAGAUGCAAUAUGAAGCACAAUUUUAUCUGCAAGUAUGAACCAGAGAGUUUUCCAACCAUUGCAGCAGAAAAGCCCUUUGAUACAAGCAAACCAGAAGAUCCCUAUCACAUAGUUGUUACUGAAACAGGUAUAAUUCCCAACCUAAUUUAUGUUGUUAUACCAACAAUACCUCUGCUGUUGUUGAUACUGGUGGCUUUUGGGACUUGCUGUUUUCAAAUGCUACAUAAAAGUAAAGGAAGAACAAAAAGUAGUCCAAAUCAAUCCACACUAUGGAUUUCAAAGAGCAACAAGAAGGAAAGUAUCAUGGAGAUAUAA